UGCACCCCCACACGGCUGGAGCAGUGAUCUCUAUAAUAAUAUCUUGAAUGUUGGGGGCUUAGAAUAAGUGGGCUUGAAGUUUAUUGAAGCUAUGACGAAUUUGUUGUUUUGCUGAUUGUUUGUGUAGUUGUAACAAUUGAUAGCUGAUACAAAAGGCAGUCAUGGAAAGAGGAUCCUCAAAGUUAGAUGCAAACCAGCCUAUGAGCCAAGAUAGGGCUAGAAAAUUGCUAGAAGAUGGUGCAGUUUUUAUGUUGUUAGAUGUACCGCCAGGAACAGAGUUUGGAAUCGACUGUAACUGCUGGAACACCGGUGACAAGUUUAAAGGCGUAAAGAUGAUUCCUCCAGGUUUACAUUUUGUGUACUAUAGUGCAGUAAGCAAGCAAGGAGAAACUGCGCCUCGUACUGGCUUUUUCCACAAUUUCCAAGGGCAAGAGUUCCUGGUUAAGAAGUGGGACAAAUAUUCAGAAGACAUCAGCAGCGACGCGGCGUCUGCAGAGGAAGUCCGCACGUUCAGGGAGAACCUACGAGAUCUGGACGGCUUCCUCGGCGCCUACCCGUACGACAGCUACAAGAAGUGGGUCUCCCUUAGCAGCCACAUCACUCCGGCCGCCGUCGCGAGACUGCAGCCUCUCUCCGGCGCGGUCGUCUCGGCGACGCAGCUCGAGCCCGCGGCGGCGACGACGACGGCCGAGCAGCGGCGGCGCGUCGUGCUCGACGCCGACAACCUCCCGCUGAUGGUCCCGCGCGCCGGCACGGAGAUCCGCUUCACGACGAUCGCACGGCGCAGCUUCCCGGCGGGCGGGACGCCGGCCGACAUCACCAAGUGCAGCAUGGACCGCAGCUACGUCCUCGCCUCCCUCUUCGCCGCCGACGACGACGUGCUCGCGGAGCUACAGUUUGCGUUCGUCUGUUUCCUCGUCGGCAACGUCUACGACGCGUUCGAGCAGUGGAAGAGCCUCGUGGCGCUGCUCUGCGGCAGCGCGGACGCGACGGCCGCGCGGCCGCGCCUCUUCUCGGACUUCGUCUCCGUGCUCUACCACCAGGUGCGCGAGAUCCCGGAGGAUUUCUUCGUGGACGUCGUCACGCGCGGCAACUUCCUGACGACGACGCUGCGAGAGUUCUUCGCGACGCUGGAGACGGAUGACGGCGUCGACGCUGCGCUGCGCGACAAGGGGCUGCGGUUUCGCGCGCACCUCACAAAGAAGUUCCGCUGGGACUUUGUGAGCGAGCCCGCGGAAGAUGCGCCGGUGAUUGUGGAGUGAGGGUGUAUGGCGAGUGCGUGCUGAGGAGCCGGAGAACUUGUUGCUCCAGGGAAGGUAUCAGAAGCAUCCGGGGAAAGGAUUGGAAGUAUCCGGGAAAAGCAUUGUAAGUAUCCGGGAAAAGCAUUGGAAGUAUCCAGGGAAAGCAUUGGGAGCAUACGGGGAAAGCAUUGGGAGCAUCCGAUGAAAUCAUUGGAAGUCUCCGUGUAAAGCUUUGAAAGUGUCCGUUGAAAGCAUUAGAAGCGUCCGGGGAUAGCAUCGGAGGCAUCUGGGAAAAGCACUAGUGCAAAGUCUGCAAAAACUCUGACAGCAUGGCAUGCUGAGCUUAUCCGAUAUCAAGAUCUCGGCCAAACUUCACGAGAACUCAUCAGUGGUAACUGCCAUUAUCUCGGAUAGAUCGACUCGGGAGUGAGAACUCGACUUCCCAUGUGCGAAGGUCGCUUUCAGUGUGUGAUUCGCAGAGAGAUGUGAAUUCAGCUGCAGGUUGACUAAGUGUUUGAUGCUGGCCAGUGUGCACAUGUGUGCUGGUGUGUGCAUGCGUCCCUGCGUACACAUGUGUGCUGGUGUGUGCAUGCGUCCCUGCGUACACAUGUGUGCUGGUGUGUGCAUGCGUCCCUGCGUACACAGGUGUUUUACGGUGUGCCCGUGUGUCUGUAUAUGUGCCUGCAGACACAUGUGUUUUAUGGUGUGCUCGUGUGUCUGCGUAUGUGCCUGCAUACAUUACAGGUGUACCAUGGUGUGCCUGUGUAUGCACGCGUGCCUGCAUACAGAUAUUCAUUCCAUUGUGUGCCUGUGCACAACUGAGCCAGUGUGUGACUAUCUACCAGUAUACGUGUACAUGUGAGCUGUGUACGAGUGUCGUCUGUUAAUGUAGGACUAGCCUUUGUGGGAAUGACCGCCGGUGUGUACACGUGGUCCAUCUGAAGAUCAGGAGCCAUGUACUGAUUGUAAUAUAAUAAUAAAUAUUCACAAUUGUAUUGGUAUAUAUUAUGUUUUAUAAGUUGCAUAUGCCUGUGCCAUUCAUAAUGCUACUUCAUGAAUGCGCAACACAUCUAAUAGAUAGUGAGCAUUACCCCAUAAUUGUAUUCAUCAUGAUAUUGUGAAGGUUGUUAAAGCAAUACAUUAAACUAACUGUGCCAUGCAUUAUAUGGCAUAGGAAAUCUGUAAAAAGGUUUUAUCGGUAUUUUUCAGUUUACUCGAGCUUUUUUUCUGCCACAAAUAAAAUAAUUGUUUAAUUGGUGAAAAUGUGAUUGAUAGAUAGGGAGAUUGUGCCAACCAUUUCAUUCAUUCAACCAUUCAAGUAAAAGUCCUGCACACCGUCGACUUUUAAAAUCAGGUUUUUAUUAUUUUAACAGUAAAAAAUUGCAUGUAGCACGAAGAUGAAAUAAACCGUAAUCUAACUGAAAA